AUGGGGGGCCGCGGGCUGCUGCCGCUGCUGCUGCCGCUGCUGCUGGGCGCCGCGGGGCCGCUGCUGCGGGCGGCGGAGUCGGCGGAGCCGGCGGACCCCGUCAGCGCCGAGCGGAGCCUGGCGUGGGGCCCCGGGCUGGAAGCGGGGAUCACCGUGCCCGUGCGGUACUUCUACAUCCAGGCGGUCAGCGCGGCCGGACGCAACUUCUCCCGCUCCCCGCCAGGAAGAGCACAGUUUAAAGUGGUAAUUAAAGCACUUUCUCCAAAAGAAGUCACCAGAAUUUACACACCUCCGCCUUUGGAUAGAAAUGAUGGUACAUUCCUUAUGCGGUAUCGGAUGUAUGGAAGUGUCACAAAAGGCUUAAAAAUUGAGAUACUUUAUGGUGAUCAGCAUGUGGCUCAAUCACCUUAUAUUUUGAAAGAACCAGUUUAUCAUGAAUACUGUGACUGUCCUGUAGAAGACCCUGAGGUGUGGCAGGACAUGAUGUCCUGUCCAUCCCAAGAGCCUCAGAUUACAAAAGACUUCAUUUCAUUUCCCACCAUUGACCUGCAGCGAAUGCUUAAGGAAAUCCCAGCAAAGUUCAGCCAAACAAGAGGUGCUAUCGUUCAUUACACUAUCCUGGAUAAUCGCAUCUACCGACGCUCCUUAGGGAAGUACACAGACUUCAAGAUGUUCUCCGAUGAAAUGUUCCUGUCGCUGGCCAGGAAGGUUCAUCUUCCUGACGUGGAGUUUUACCUCAAUGUUGGAGACUGGCCAGUUGAGCAUCGCAAAGCUAAUGAUACACCUGGGCCUGUUCCUGUCAUCUCCUGGUGCGGCUCUGUGGAUUCCAGAGAUAUCGUCCUGCCAACGUAUGAUGUAACCCACUCAACUCUGGAAACGCUGCGUGGAGUCACCAAUGAUCUCCUUUCCAUUCAAGGAAAUACAGGCCCCUUCUGGGAAAACAAAACGGAGCGGGCUUUAUUCAGAGGUCGAGACAGCCGAGAAGAACGUCUCCAUCUUGUCAAGUUAUCCAAGGAAAAUCCAGAACUACUAGAUGCUGGAAUAACUGGAUAUUUCUUCUUCAGAGAAAAAGAAAAAGAGCUGGGGAAGGCUCAGCUGAUGGGCUUCUUUGACUUCUUUAAGUACAAAUACCAAGUGAAUGUAGAUGGCACUGUAGCAGCUUACAGGUUUCCAUACCUCUUGCUGGGUGACAGCCUGGUAUUGAAGCAAGAUUCCCAGUACUAUGAACACUUUUAUAUUGGAUUAAAACCUUGGAAACACUAUGUUCCAGUUAAGAGAAACUUAGAGGACUUGCUAGAGAAAAUAAAAUGGGCUAAGGAAAAUGAUGAGGAAGCAAGAAAAAUUGCUAAACAAGGACAACUAAUGGCAAGAGAAUUGCUUCAGCCUCACAGGUUUUAUUGCUACUAUUAUAAAGUGCUCCAGAAAUAUGCCGAACGCCAAGCCAGCAAACCUGAAAUACGGGAUGGAAUGGAACUUGUACCUCAGCCUGAUGACAGGGACUCAGUGUGCAGUUGCCACAGGAAAAAGCCUUUAAGGGAAGAUCUAUAACUGUACUGGAUGGAGAAAAUUACCCACUUAAAAUGCAAGAAUAGGAAUUAAGCUGUGAAAUCUAAGACUCUUAUGCAGUAGCAGACAUUCUUAGUUAUGUAUUCUUCUUGUAUUUUCAUACCCUUUUUCCUGCUCAUUCUGAUCUACAGUGUUGGUUCCCACAGUUUUGGCUCCAUGACCACCACCAGACAGUCUCUGAGCCUGCAGUGAGGAGUGUCUGGGGGAUUUGUUUGAUGUACUGCAUCACCAGGAAGCAGAGCACAGAGCUGCUCGUGUUCCAGAUGGGACCUAUUUACCAAAGUUUUGUGAGGAACUAGGCACCACAAAAGAUCUUGCCAUGAGUCAGUGCAAGUUAUUCUAAAGGAGCAUUUGUGAUACAUUGAAACAGUGUCAUGAUUAUUUCAUAAAGUUUACCUCAGUGUUAGAUUGUUUCUUGUAUACAAAACAAUUUUUGAACUAGACAAAGAAAAUGAAUAUUUCAGAUUUACAGAUACCAGAUCUGGUCAUGCUUUCAAAUUAUUUUGUGGUUUAUGACAGGUAACAGACAACAUGAUAUAACACUCAUCAGUUUUAGAGGGAAAUAGAAAGAAGGGGGAGAGAUUAGAGAAAUAUGUUUGUAAGCAUCAUGGCUGUGAAUCACCAGAAAUAAAUGUUGCUUUAAAACAGACUCUCUAGCUAUCACAGUCACAGUGCUUUGGGUGCCAAGUCAUCACUCUGAAAACCUGUUCCCUGCCAGUGACUGUCUGUAAAUGUAGGCACAGAUCCACAAAAGGACUUGGGAAUUUCAGGCCAUGGGAAACACUGGUGUCUUAGUUCAACAAUACUGUCCACACUAUUCUGGACUACGUGAAAUCUGAAAUUUCUUAGCAGAGUUUUAGACCACCUAGGUUUAAUUCUUGUGUCUAGGGGUUAGAGUCCAUGUAAAGCAACUGGGAAGCUGGUUGUCCUCUUUGGUUUAAUUCAAAGCCAUUUUGUCCAGAGGGUGUCCUAGCUCCAGACUGGACAAGAGGUUUUCAUGUCUUCUGCUGAAGUUCAUGUGCAGCCAUGAAGCUAGCAAUGCAAAAUUCACAGGGGCAGAGGGAUCUGGUCAUACCUUUGUGAUAAAGUCUGCCUUUGGAUGGUGUAGAAGAAGAAUCCUAGUCCUGGAUGCAACUCCAAAUACCUCUGUUGAUUUUUGCCCAAGUUUGUCUACUUUAAAAUGCAUCAAUAGUCCUGGAAGGAGACACAAAUACCAAGACCAGUGGCCACAAGCACCCAUUUCUGUGUUUCCAUCUUGGCUAAUGCAGCCUGCCUGAGCAGCUCCUGACUCACUACAGUCAGAUAAAAGCUGUCAUGGAUACCAAAUUGUCCCUACACUAAAAAGAAUGGAGAUGUCUUCAAGACAGUGGACUUGUCUGAUUGAUUUGGUGAACAAAAUUUAGUGCUCUACACAUCAUGCAGGCUUCAUUCUUGGUUCUAUACUGCAAAUUACAUAAAAUUUCUGCAUUAGAACAGGAAGAAAGGCAGUAUGCCAAAUAUGGAAAGAACUUUGGCUUUCUGAAGAGGUUAAUGCAACUGUCCAUCAGUCAUUUAUUGCAUUAUGCCAGUUAAGAAAAAAAACCUGUAUCAUGUUGCUCUACCCAUAAUCUUCUUUGUUCUGGUUCUAACACUCAUAUUUAUAGUGGCUGCAUUUUUAUUUAGCAUGAAAACCAGUCCUAGAACUUCAGGCUAUAAAUAUGUGUUCGACUCAUCUGACAUAAAAUUUUCUACAUCGAAGGUCAGGAACAGGUUCCAUUGCUGAAGCUGACACUCAAGACUGAGUAUGUGCUCUCCUUUUGUUCCAUGUGUACAGUCAUUUUUACUGUAUUACAUGAUCUUAUUUUGGGAAAUUACCCAUUAUGUCAUGUGCUUUUGAUAUUCACCAGUGUUUAUGGAGGUGGUGCGCUCAGCAAAGGCAAGUGAGCAUAAAAGAUGGUUGAACAACAAAAUUUCCCACAUAUUUCAAAUCAAGAGUCCAAAAGUGAUUCAUUUAUAUUUUUUAAAAUGGGAGAGAAUAGGGGGAGUCAUGACACAUAUUUCAUGGUUCUUUAGAAAUACCUAUGUAGGAAAACUUGCCUAGCUUGAAACAGAAGUCUUUCAAACUGAAAGAAGAAUCAGAUAAAAUUUAAAUUAUGAAUAUAAAUAAAUGUGAAUAUUUUAUCCCUCCUUUCUUCCCUCAUAAAAAAAGGAAAGAAAUUAUUCUUAAUUCUUUUCUGCCAAAAAAGUCCUUGCUUUUGUAAUAAGCAUCACUUCAAAGCGAAGACUAGUUUGUCAACAGUGCCUUACAGAUGCUUUUGUAGCUCACAGGCAAGAAAUACAUUGAAAAAUAUGACUGCCUUCAUCUUCUUGCUGUAAUUUAAAGAAUAGUAGAGAGAUGGUGGAACUUCUGCUACAAGUCCAUAGUAAUUUGAGAGAAUCUGGUUCAGUUUAUUGCUAUAGCUCUUCCAAAGGUAAAAGAAGGUAAGGCAAAGUCUCUCUUCUUUCCGUUGGUGCUGCUAUAUGCAAUUUAAAUUGUAAUGAAGAACAGUCAUAACAAGUGCUCCGCCAGGCCAGAGAAGGUGUUCAGAUCUAUGUGAGUUUGCUAAGAGGAUGAUACCCAUCAGCCUGGUGUGUUACAGGAAAUGCUAAAUAUUGAGUAGAGCCAGGUUUUGCAUGUGAAGUUGUAAUACAUACAUUUAAUAGAAUUUUUAAGUGGCAUACAUAGACUGGUCUUUGUAUUAUUCUGUGGUAGUUCUUGAGCAGCGACUGUUCAAAGGUGUAAAAUUCUCUUCUUGGUGGUAAUUUUGGAAAACUGCAACCAUACCACAGUACUAAAUAUUGCUAUAGUAAUUUCAGUUUUUAAGUAGAAAGUCAAACCUGUCCUGUUUUUGUCAGGGAUUUACCAAUGAUGAGGCAGGUUUAUUUGUUUGAAAUAGUAUGUCCUAAAGCCCAGGCCAAUGUUUUCAAACAGAGGAAUCUGCAGAGAAGGGGUUUGACAUCCAGAAAUGUUGGGAAGGCAGAGUCUUUACCUAAGAUUCUUUGUUUUCAGAAUUCUUCAGCCUUAAUAGUGAACCUUCAUAUAGCAAACACUGCUUUUAUGUCGUAUGUAUAUCCUAAUAUAUUUGGGCACCCACAUUUGGAAAUACCCAACCUCAGUUUUGUCUUGAAAUGAGAGCUAGUAAAUCCUGAUUUGUUGAACAUAAAGGAGAUACAGUUUCAUAUAUACUUUAGACUGUGGUUUUUUUAUAUUUACCUCAAGAUCACCAGUGUACUGGUUUUGUGGCAGAAUUGUGCCAGGCCUGCCUUGUAGAUUCGUAAUUUAAAAAACCCUAUAAUCAAAGCUUGUCUGAUGGAAUGUUAGAUUCAAGCAUCCAUGCUGGGAAGAAUACACCCAACACUUAUUACAUUACAAAGUAAAUUAUUUAGUUAGGGAGGAGAGCUGACAGGGAAAACAUACAUCACCUGUUGGAGCACGUCUGUGAAGCUUGCAAAGAAACUAUAAUAAGGAAAAGAAGCAUUAUAUAAACCUAUGAUAUUAUCAGCUCCUUUAGCACUGCAGUUUUGCAAAAAUGUUGUCUGUAAGGGUGGUGAUGAAGUUAAAGGUUUUAUAUUAAUAUUAUUUAAGUUCACAGGAUUUAAUGGCUAGAAUCUUCUUGUCUGUGAGAAGUUUUAUAGCAUUUUAAUGAGGCUAUAUGAGUAUAAUGCUUGAGUUUUGAGUGCAAUGCUUCUGUGUUGAGUUGUUAAUAGGAAAAUCUAUACUGCAGACAGUUACGGCGCUAAUUUUGGGUUUUGCUGUGAGAAUAAGGGAAAAAGGAAUAUUUGCAUGUUUGUUUGAAGUCAUUUUAAACAUCUGUAGCACAUCCCUUAACUGAGUCCCAUCGUGUGAGCAGUGAUAAGCAGGAGGUGUGCUAGCAGGAGUGUGGCCAGCAGGUCAAGGCAGGCGUGCUUGGCAGUUGUGAGACUGCAGCUGGAGUCCUGUAUUCAGUUUUGGACUCCCUGUACAAGAAAUACCUUGACAGCAUGGAGGAGGUCCAGCAUGGACCACCGAGGUGAUAAAGGCAAUAGGGCACGGGGUGUGUGAGGACAAGCUGAGUGAGCAGGGUUAGGUCAGCCUUAGAGAGAGAAGACACAGAGGGACGCGGCAGAAAUCCUAACAACAGACACCAGCUGCAUCAUGGGAAAUUCCAAUUAGAUAAGGGAAAAAGAAUCCUAAACUGCUAUGCCCAAGGAGAUGAAUCUUGGUCUCUGUGACCUCCAGAUGUUCAUUAUUCUAUGAACUGCUUUUUAGUCACAGAACAAGCAUUUGUCUAGUCGCAUAGCAGGAGGAUGAACCAUGAACCCUGCUCUUGACUGUCUCCAAGAGGCAACACUGUACCCUUUCUGUGCUGACACUUUUGACACUAUUCAUGGUUAUGUCUCCCUUGAUAAUACAAAGUUUUGCACGUAUUUUUGUGUUGGCUUGUAAGGCUAUAAAGUUAUAUAUUAAUAUUAAUUAUACUUUUAUAAUAUUAAUAUGUAUAAUAUAAUAAUUUACUUUAGCAAUAUACAUUAUCACAAUAUAUCCUAGUCAUGCAGUACACAGAAGAUUUGACAGAAGUGAGAUACAUUGAUUUGGCAUUACAGGCCUGGACUGAAAGUGCAAGACUCACUCUUCCGAGAAGCUGCAUAUAUACUUUACAGGUAUGAGACAAUUGUAAAAUAUUGUGAAUACAGUUAUGAACCAUCAAAGGAAUUGAUUUUAAGCAGCCAAUGAGAAUAUUAAUGUAUCUAAUAAGUUAUACAUAUGUUUGAAUGCUAACAUACUCUCUAGACCACUGGUGAAUGAGCAUGACAUAUUCCCAUCUCAACUCCCAACACUAAAAAAUCAGUCAGGAUCCAUCUGUACCACAGGUUUGCAAUAUAGUGUGGAGAGACUCCAGUCAGCUCAGCAGAAUGCCACAAGGGCCUACCCAUACAGGACAUGUGAGACAUGAUAACCUGCCUGCUGAAAAGCCACAAAGUACCUUAUCCUGGAUAGAACCUGUCUGAAAGAAGAUCAAUGCAAGUUGUACUUGUCACACUCAACUUCCCCUGUAGUUUAGGUGACUCAAAGAGGUCAUUUACCAUUAGCAGAUGAUUUUGCCUAUCUUUGGGUCAACAGUAGCCACACUUUCAGCUAUUCUUUGUCUCCCAAAAUGCCCAGCCAAGCUGUUUGACCACUCCAGCUGCAGAGAUCUGCCUUCUCAUGGCUGAUACCCACGAUAAACUGAAAUGGUUGCUACCGCAUUAAUAUCCUAAGGGUCCAACACCUGAUUUCAUCUUGCACGUUACUCUCACCAAAUUUUUCACUGUUGCAAUAGAAAGGUAUUUGAGUAUCUUAUUAAUUUUUACAUGGAAAUCUGCUCUCAAAAUGAAAAUAGGUUAGAAUGAAAACUGGGUUUUCUUCCAAAUGAUGAUUUUUUUUUUUGCUCAGGACCAUCAGCUUUUAAUUCAGGAAGAAGGUAGUUUUGUCAGCACAGAUCAUUUCAUUUGAUGAAUGAAAAGAAGAAACAUUAUUAUCCCAAACCAAACAAAAACCACUCUGCAGACUUCCAGGUUAUUAAGUCACAAUAUGAUCCAUAUCCACACCAUAGCUUCAGUGGAACUGAGGCUUUGACUCCCUUUCAAGAAGCAGAAACAGAUUUCAUAUCAGGAUCAGAUGUAACACCAGUAAGUUCACUUUUUCUCUGAGAAAAACCUUUUUGCAAUGGAUACAAAUCCUAAGUAGUAAUUUUUCUAGUAUUUGUUUAUGUCUUCUCUACUCCGUUGUGGAGUUGUAAUUUCAGCAGAAAAGCUGACUAAACAAGCACGGCCUGACUGAAAAAGCAAAUAUCAGCUGCUUUGAUAGUGGACUCUGCUGUUUACAAACACCAAUGUCAAUGUCCUGCUCAAAAUGAAUUUGCAAUAAUGAGUUUAUCAGAAUGCAUUACUUCAGAGCACAGCACAAGGCUUCUGCACAGUAGAUUGCUGAAUUAAUGCUCAAACUUUAUACUAAAGCUGAAAAAGUUGUUACAAACUGAUGCUUUAUUUUUAGUUCGUUACCAGGAUUUUUUAAUCUUUAAGCUGUUUCAGCAACAAGUACUUAAAUACAUUUUGCCUGUAAAGAUAUCCCCUCUGAACUGUGAUUGUUCUCUCUCUCUGUCCCAGGCUGUUUGCUUUACUUCUGGCAGUUGACAACACAGAUGUUCCUCAGGAGAGAAUGUUGUGAGGGGAUGUUUUGUCGCAGUCAGUAUUGCUUUUAGGGAAGACGAAGCCAAACCACAGGGCUUGUCUGCAGCAUCAGCCCUAAGCCCUGAAGAACCAUGGAAUGCACCUUGGAUUUUGCUUAACUAAAGUCUUUGCCUUUAUUGCUAAAUAACAAAGGGGUGAGGGAGCACGAGCACCAUGGGUCAAGCAAGCGGGGGCCCUGGUGCCCCACACUGCUCAGUCAUCACCUACUUUAUGGGCUCAGCUUCAGGCAGCACCACUUGGCUUUUUCUCAGCUUUAGUUUGUCAGAGAGCUCGUUUCAGAAACAGUGCAAAAGGGACAGGGGAUAGCACUGCCUGGGGUUUGGCUCAACAGCGUUUGUAUACACUGGUCUGUGGGUGCAGGCAGUCUGGUAGGAAAAGGAAAUGCAAACCAAUGUGAAGACAGUAAGAGAUAGUAAGCAAGGUUGGUUAGACAUUGCUUCCUCUUUAUGUCUGAUUAGAGUAACUGACUUAGCCUUUAGUUUUUGAGUAAGGUGAUGUUACUUUCUAAUUAAAGACUUACAUAAAGUGUGAGCUAUUUCAGGUAUCUUGGCAAACUUUGUGGAAUGAAAAUCUUAACCAAGGAGCACUGGUCCUGUUCUGACGUGCCAGCUGUCUGAACACAGGUCAGGGCACUCCAAGAGUCUCUCCUCUGUGAAAACACUUGUUUUGGGAGUUGCCCAUGAGAGGUACUCAUUUAGGCAAAAUAUCUUGAUUAUUGAUAAGUGAUAUCCAGAACAUCCAUGGCAUGUUCAAGGGCUUGGAAGCAGGGCUGGAGACUUGAAGGAAAAAUGUAACUCUCUGUCUAACAAUGACUGAUUGUGUUGAUAAAAUUUAUGAUGUGUGACCUUGCUGGUAAGAAGUGAAGUUCCCUUAAAAGGAAAGCGGGCUGGGAAGUUAUGCUGAAGAAUGUGCAGACCACAGGCUUCAGCUAUUGUUUAACUAUGUAAUUUCAGGUUUUCCUUUGGCUUGUUGGGCCCAAAUCCAACAGUAGUGUCCAGGCAAAGGUGAGCUCAGGGGUACAAGACUGGAAGGUGUCUGGAAAUUCCAGGUGAGUCAUGAGAAGCGCAACUGCCUUAUUUUAUACAGUCUGAACUCUAUGGAGCACUUUUUGGAUAGAGUUCCAAAGCCACUAUUUUUUCUGCAGUGGCUUGAGAAACACCUACAACUAAAUGUUUGGUCUUCUAGAAAUCAGAAUCUAUCUCUAUGGGAAAUCUCAAGGACUCUCUACCACAGACAGAGGUAGUUUGGGGAAAGAGUAUGUGGAGGCAAGGCUGGGUUUGUAUGGAAGAGUUAACAACUGAUGAGAAUCUAAACGAUCUGUAUCUAGAUGGAAAAAAAUCACUUAAAAGCAGGAUCUGCUCUCCUUUUACUAAGGCUAUAAAAAUACUAAAAUUAUUAAUAAGAGACAGUAACAAUUUUUGGGUGCAGACAGAUAUGGAAUACACUGACAUUAUAGAUCACCCCAGGAGAGUCUCUGGUGAAGAAAAAUACUUAAAGGACUUUUUGUUCAGUCCUUUCCUACCUGCCAUUGCUUGAUAGGACAUUUCUCCCUACGUGUCCUUUAAAUUUCACAUAAAGAGCACGGGCUCUGUCAGUUACUUUAAUUUUCAGAGAACAAACAGACCAUCGGACAGUAUUUCCUCCCCACAAAAAAAAAGCCAGGAUGUGCUUUUGGUUACAAGGAUCAACAGAAAUUUAUGUCAGCUGCAUGAAAACACACUACAAGAGACUCAUUCUGCCAUACAGACAAUAUCUUAUAGCAUAAAAGUUGUGGGAACACUGUACAAAUAAAAACCCAUUAAAUGCUGAUUGGAACAGGAGUUCUUCAUUUAUACUGCCGUAAAAAUAUUGCAUGAAAUGUAAAGAUAAUGUAAGGGUACACCAACCUUUAUUCCUAUUUUGAAAUAUAAAGAUGGUUUGGGAAGAUUUAUUAACUAUGCAAUUACCAUUAUCUGAAUGGAUUCUCUGAUUAUCCAUAUUCAUUGACUACCUGAUUUUUUACUUUUAAGAAGGAGCAAUGUCUUCUGUAAAACCACAUGCACUCAGAAUGAGAUUUUUGUGCUCGGAACACAACUUCAGUGUUUCUGAGAGGUGUUUACUGCAGAUACAGUGACUGCUUUACAGGCAUUUCCAAUACACUAAGUUUCAUUGUACAGUCAAUAUGUCUUGUCAAGGAAGUCAGAGCAACAAAAGCUAACUAUUUUUUAUUAUUUUUUACUAUUAGAGUAAUAUAAAGUACCAGCAUAAUUUAAUUUACAAUAGGAAAAAAAAAGCAGCAUAUUUUAUUUGACCUAAAGUUGUCAUUUAUAUACAGAAGUGUCCCUUCAACUAAGCUUAAAAAACCCCCACCCCAAAACCCCUUGAUUCAUUACACAUGAGGUUCUCUGGUUUUCUUUUCUUUCACUGUGAAAAUAAAGUAUAACCCCCUUUUAGAAAUGUAGUUUAACUGGUUACAUCAUGAAUCCUGGUUUUUGGAUCAUCCAUUCUAUGCAGUCAUGUUACCACUACCAGAUCCAAGAGUCCUGCAUUUUAGCAGAUACACAGCAGUGAUGAAUCUCAUGUUUUUAGAACACAGCACAUCCAGUCUGCCCAAGCAAAGUCCUUGUGGGUCACAAGGAACAGCAAAGCAGUGCUUGGUGGUUUAGACUGUAAGAUGAAUCUAAGCAGAAUAAAAAAUGUUUCUCAGUAACAGGUUAUUGAAAAAAAACCCAAACCAUCCACCGAAUGCUAAUAUGGAUAAGGCAUCAUGGUUGCUCUUGAUAUAAAUUUUGUGAAAUUCCAGUUUGAAAUGUUAGAACGCUUGGUGCAAAAAAAA